AUGGCGUCGGGCUCAGCUCCUAGUACUUCGACGAACAACAAUCCAGCCUCUGUCCAUGGCUCUACUACCGUCAACACGGAUCCUGUUGAGGCUGGACUAUCUCACCCCAUUCUGAAACAUUUCCUCAUUCCGUUUCACACCAAAGGCAACCCCAAGCUGUGCAAGUUCUGUGGCAAGAAGUUCGAGGGCGGAACAAACCGCUGUGCAAUCCAUCUCAUGACAUGGAAAGGGCAGGAGAAGCGCGCUGUGGCGUUAUGCAAGGACGCGCCCACGACAGUCCGCGAUGAAGUCCGUGGCAUGUACGAGACCAAGGCGGAACAGCAGGACUUGAAGCGAGGGGCGGCCGCUGCUGCAAUUCACUCCGCGCUUGACGCUGUCAGUGGAAACCCGGAGAAAAAGAGCAAAAUUACGGAUUUCUUUGGCAAUGAGGCGACGUGCGCCAAGGAGGACGCGGAUAACGCGCUUUGCCUUCUGUUCGCGGCGCUGAAACGUCCGGAGCGCAUUGCGGACGAUCCGGUCUUCCGCUACGCGGUCCAGUGCAUUGCGCGCGCUGGACCUGGGUACGUCCCUCCUAAGAGGCGCUACAUUGGAGGGGCAGGCUUGAAGAAGGUGCGGCAGAAAAUGGAGGUCGCGCUCGCCCCCGUUGCCGCGAGCUGGAAGCGGGACGGGGUAACGGUGUCGUCGGACAUGAUGACCGACCGUUGUGGCCGCCCGCAGGCCAACGUGCUCCUUGUCAACGACUCCGGCGCAGUUUUCGAGCAGGCGGUGGACUGCAACAUGGAGUCGAAGACCGGGGGUUACAUCGCCAGCCUUCUCCGCCCCGUCAUUGAUAAGGUGGGGCCGGAGAAUGUGGUGGCGGUCUGCACCGAUGGCGGCAGCAACUAUGCAUCGGCCGCCAAGAAGAUUGCGAGCACAUGGCCGCACAUUGAGCAUGUGCCAUGUGCCACGCAUGUCCUGGACCUGAUGAUGGAAGAUAUGGGCAAAAUGGGAUGGGCGAAGGGGCUUGUGGAGAAAGGAGGGGAGAUGAUUACCUUCGUGCGCAACCACCAAUUUACCCGUGCCUAUAUGAAGAAAGUGGGGGGGAAGCAGGUGCUCAAGCCUGCGGGAACCAGGUUCGGGACACAAUACAUAGCCAUGGCCCGGCUAUGUGAGGUGAGGAGUGGGCUGGCGGCGAUGGUGCUCAGCGACGAGUGGAAGGUGUGGGCAGCGGCGGACAAGGAUAGGAAGACAGCAGCUGAGAAAUUCAGGGCUGCUGUGAUGGAUGAGGAGUGGUGGGGGGUGGCGGAGUUCUUUACCUCUCUCAUGGCGGUGCCAUUCAAGGCCAUGCGGGCCACGGACUCUUCCGCGAAAGGCAUGAUGGAGAGGGCAGACAUCACCAAGAUUGUGAAGGACAGGUGGGACAACUCCCUUGCCUGCCCCAUGCAUGUGGUUGGCCGGAUCCUGAAUCCGGCCAACCAGGAGGAGGGAAUUUUCAGGAACGAUGUGGAGUGCACGCGGGUGUUCAAGGACUACAUCGAGCGCCACUAUGACAACAAGACCUUCAAGAGUGGCAAGGAUGGCGCCCCUCGCCGCGCCUCCCUUGUGCUGCAGGAGGCAUUGCUGGCCUACAUCAACAUGGAGGGCAGCUUUGGCAAGCCGGGCGCCAUUUCUGCAAGGGAGGCAGUGAAGAAGGGGGAGAUGAGCAUGGUGCAGUGGUGGUCGUGGCACAGCACCGAGUAUCCUGAGCUUGCCGCCCUUGCAUGCCGGGUGCUCACUCAGCCCGUCUCGGCUUCCCCAUGCGAGCGUGGCUGGGCGCAGUGGGAAGGCGUCCACACCGCCCGCCGCAACCGGCUCGGGUCCGCCAAGUGUGCGGACCUCGUCUACAUUGCGCACAAUUUCAACGUUGUGCGCAAUUGGUACAAGAAGGAUGGGGGCAGCACGGUUGUGCCCGGUAACAUCCCGGAUGCCCCUAUCCCCCCCGGCUAUAACAUGGAUGAGGAGGAUGACAUGCUGGGGGAGGAAGGGGAGGAUGCAGUGCUGGCAGAUGAGUAUGGGGAAGGUGUGGCAGUGGAAAAGCCCCGCAAGGAAAUCGGUUGUGGGGAAGCUAGCUAG